CGAUAUGGAAGCUUACGUUACUUGUAAAUAAUUUCUAAAUUCGAAAAAUAUUUAUGUUUUGUAAUUUUACCUCAAAAUUUAACAACAAUGUUAAUUUAACGAUUACCUAUAGCAUACCUGUUACGAAUAAACAAUAAAUAAUUAUUUCAACUAAUUCUACAUUUGAAACGUUCACUAUCAAGUUCAUAACCUAUUAAAAUAUUUUCCGAGAAGAUUUAAUUAAAUAUAAGUUUUAAUAACUAUUUUAGCACAAAUAUCUUCACAUUUUUAAGAUUUUCGAAUUAAAUCGAUAGAACUUUUUAAAACGCAAGCGCAAGUGAAUCGCUUUUGUAGAGCUGUUUAGACAGAAAAUUUGUGUUUUUGGACUUUUGGCAAUAAAUUUGGAAUGUUCAUUUACACACACAAGCAUUAAAUUAGAACCAUUAAAAUGGCAAAACAUCACUCUAAAGUGCUUCUUGGCUUUGAAGACGAAUUAAUCACUGACAAACAUAAAGGGCUGUUAAAUUUUACGGUGAAUAAAAUUGGCGGAAAACCUGAUUUGCCACAGAAUUUUAGUCUGGAUGUUCCGGCGUGUCCUCUUUGUCAAUUACCAAGACCGUUAGUGGUGCAAGUAUAUGCCCCUCUGGAUAAUUCAAACUAUCAUCGAACUUUGUACUUGUUUGCAUGUAUAAAUCCCAAUUGUUGGGUCUCAAGUGAUAGUUGGGUAUGUCUGAGAAUUCAAUCAUUGGAUCAACUUGAUAAAGAGGAUACCAGUACCACUUCCAAGACUGUUUCAACUGAUUGGUGUGCUGAUGCUGAUGACUGGGACGACAAUAAUUCGAAUUUAAGUGAGGAAAAUGGCAAUGUUAUAAGUAAUGUUGAAAAGUUAUCUGAUGAGGACGAGGAAAGUUGCAGUUUGGAAGAUUCCUUGAGAUCUGGCUUUGGGAAUCUCACUGUGGAUGAUAAGAACGCCAACGUUGGUGCUCAAGGCGGUGCAGUGGGGAGAUUACAUUCACCCUCUGCUUCUGCAGAAAUAGAGGGUAAUGAAGGUGAAGUUAUAAGCAUUGACACACCAACAAUACCCCAGCAUGAUCUAACAGCCUUGCUGCAGGAAGUCACUCCACUUCCUCAGGAUUUAUGUCAGAAUGUUCACUCAGAUACAAGAAAAUCUUCCAAUUUGCAAUUCAUUUCUUCAUUUAUGGCGGUUUGGGAAGAAUCCAACAGCUUUUCGUCCUCAAUCAGCGACCGACACGUCAAGGAGCUUCUUCAAGAUUACCAGCAACGCAAUGAUGACACCUUGAGCCUCUCAAGCCCGGAAGGUGGAGGUGGUGGCGCCGCAAAUGAAACCACCCUCGAGAAAUACGAAAAAAGUAAUCCGGCCCAUGGAGACAAAAUGUUUCACAACUUCCUGUCCAAGAUUCAAGCUAAUCCAUCUCAAAUAUUAAGAUAUAGCAGAGACUCUGAUCCCCCGCUUCUCUUGUACCAAAUGCAGGAUACCCCGAAAAAGUGCCAGCAUUGCCAAGGAGAGGUGGUCUUUGAGUUCCAAUUGAUACCGACGUUGAUAUCGAAACUGCGUUUGGUGACAGAUCCUAAGCCGUGUGCCCGCUUAGAAUUCGGCACCGUGUUGGUUUUCACAUGCAAAAAUAGUUGUUGGUCCACUGAUGCCGUCGUAAGAACGGAAGCUGUGAUUAUGCAAAACGAAGUCUACUAAAGUUUUACAUUUUGGCUCCAACAAGGCAUUUUGCUGUAAUGCACUUGAUAUAUAUUUUAUUUGGAAAUGCAAACUGAAUAAGUUUUAUAUUAUGUGUUAUUUCCUUUGCAUGAUCUAAUGACAACCCAGUGUAUCUGCAUUAAAGACAAAUAUUUGUUUAAGUACCUUAUUGGAGUCGGUAAAUGUUAUUAAAAUAUAAUACAGAUCCUUUCAACAAAUAUUUCUAAAAGUAGAAUAAUUCCAAAGAAGGAAAGUUAAUUUUUCAUUUAUUCAACAUCUGCAUAUCUUUUAAAAGAUUGAUUACAUUAUUUCACAUCUAAAGAAUGUCAAUUAAUUAAUAUUUAAUUUUUUAGACUCUAUUGUCCAUAUUUAUAAGAAGGGUAGGUUUAAGCAGCUCUUUUUAAUAACAGACCUAAUCAAUGACAAGUUUUGAUAGUGUAAUAAUACAUACAAUACAUGCAUAGUGUUUCUCAACUUUUUGGAAUAUUUUAAUCUUCCUAUUUUAAGCGCAUAUCCUAUAUACAAGACAAUUUAUAAAAUGUAUGUUGAUAUAGUUUUUUGUCAAAAUCAAAUUAAAAUGAAUAGGAUGGUCGUCCUUUUGAAAUGUAUAUUAUAUUUUGCUGGUUAAAAAAUAAAUACUACAUUUACUUAAG